CCCAGGGGACUCCAGGACUCCGGCUCCUGACGACUGCAGAGGUGUUUGAGUCCUUUCCUGCACUGGCAAUUGAGUUUCUGGCCUUUGAGAACUGGAGGUCUGGUCCAAUUCCAUGCUGUGCGAUGAGAAAAUACUGAGAGCCGACCUAAGGCAAACCACAGAUGUAACCCCUACUCCCAAGGGGCUCCCCCAGCAAGGAACAGGCAGGAGACAGGCUAGGAGGAGGGCUAUAUAAGGGGCUGCAGCCAUUGUCUGAGGCACAAGAGAGCCCAGAAGCAGCUCCCCCUCCCAGCCGUCCCUAAUCCGGCGCAGCAGUCACAGCCUGUACGUCAUGCAGCUGGUGGCCAGCCUGGUGUCCGUGCUGCUGCUGGUGUGGAGCGUGAGAGCCACGGCAUUGCCAGGAGAGGAGAGACUCUUGCUACAGAACAGUAAGGAACAGACCAAAGCCCGGAAGGACAUGAUCCUGAAGAUGCUGGUGGGCCUGCUGGAUGGCAUGGAUGUGGGGCGGGAUGCCACUUCCACUGACUUUGAGGAGCCCCUGGAGGGCAAACUGGAGGAGGAGCGGUCGACCUUGGGGCGGCUAGCCCAGCUAUCGCAGCGGGACCGCAAAGCCCCCUGCAAAAACUUCUUCUGGAAAACCUUCACCUCCUGCUAACACCAGUGCCCCGGACCCAGACCCAGACCCCCUCAGGCUCUCCCCAGCCCCUGUAGAAUACAUGAACUGUGCCUACAUUGUAAAUGCCAUCCACAAGUUGGUAGUGUCUGUUUUCCUUGAAUGAAUCGAGCUAUGGUUGUUUAUUACCCCAUUCACCAAUAAAGCAUGGCUGAGAGGCGC